GGUCGACACUGUCCUAUGCUAGUUUUCUUCAUAUCAUGUUUACUUUCUUCUUCCCCUUUGCUCUCUUUCUCUUCAUCUUACACCACAACACAGUUCAUCGCAAAGCAUCGUGUUUCUCCGUCGUUUUAAUCACUUGAUUCAUUCAUCCAAUUCUUGUUUUGGUCACUUUCGUCUUUCGCCCUAUAGCUAUCGAGCUUUCUCUAUCUUUUUCCCAAAUCAAUUCCUUUAUAAUGUCUUCAUCCACCGCGUUGCUUCCAAGCGUAAGUCACAAGAAGAAUGAUCAUCCUAUCUUUCUUCGUGCUUGUCACUCUCCAUGGCUCAAUGUCUCUCAGAAAUCUCUCGUUCGUUUCAGAGGAGCCCUUGCAGCGUACUUCUUGAUUUCAAGUCUUGUGAUCCUUCAUUACGAACUUGAAAUCAGCAAAAAUGGCUGGUUGGUCGUUUACAACCUUUCAAAUAUCGUGUACGGCUUGCAAACUCUGUACGCUUGGGUUGCGUUUACCUGGACCUUCAUGCAUCUCUACUACCCGCAUAGCAAUGACAAUAAUUGUUCAACAAUCUCUUCCUCUAUUAGAAAGUGCCUCUCGCCAUCUCGCAAGACCUCCAACACCAACGAAAAGUACUUUUUCAGCGUCUUUCAUUGGGGCAUCCUUGCUUUCCCUCAUGUCGUUACCUUCAUCCACUGGGCAGUCAUCGUUCCACGGAAUGAAGCAUCGAUUCCAAGUGACAAAGUUUUUGGUGACAAGCUCACGACUUUCUUCGUUUUCAGCAAGUAUGGUUUCAACUCCGUCCUUGCUUUGAUCGAGCUCUUCAUCCUAAGCAGCAUUAAACGAUCUGACCCUGUCUGGAACCAUGUUUUUGCUCUUGCUGUACUUUCUCUCGUCUAUGUUGGCUGGGCAGCUAUUGGCAAGCACUAUGUGGGAAAAUACACCUACUUCUUCUUAGAUCAUGAGAAGAAUGGAUGGGAAUAUUACUGGGCAUCAGUUGCGGCUUUUGUCGUUCUUGUUGAACUUUUCUUCGUCUUUGUGUAUUCUCUCACCGGCGUUCGUGAGUCCAUGACAAAGAAGCAAAAUGACGAUAAGAACACUGGAUACCAAAGACUUCCCCAGUAGAACUUUGCAACCUAGAAAGAGAGCCGAGAGAACUCUAAGCACAAUCGUGGAGGUGGAUGAGUCUUGCGUAGAAAUAUUCAGAAGGAUUAAAGUCUGGAUGGACAGCAAUCCUAAUGAAUUGUCCAGGUAUCAUACUUUUUGACCUUGCUCUGUUUGUCAUUUUUAUUUGUUUCUUUUCCUAUUCUGUUCUCAGACCGUGGUAUUAAGGCCUUUGGGUUUUCUCUCUGUAACUAUCCUGAUCCGUUCACUUUGCUUUAGCUUUAAUUUGGUACCUACACGAGUCACUUUUCGACUUUCGAGUUUAUGUGUUCUUUGUAUAUGCUGUUGAAGUGUGACCAUGAAGUUGAAUAUUGCAAUUGGCUUAAUUAAAGUGAAAACA